AUGCAUCUAUUUAUCCUUGGACUUCACCUGGCAGUAAGACUUGUCCAAGUGAGGGAAUGCAGGAUUGAUGCUAGAUCUACGGGAAUAAAUGAUGUGAGGAACUUACGGCUUCAAUUUCAAACCAAACCGUCUGAUCCUCUGUUUACUGGAAGGAAACUACAAGGAGUUGGGGGUGCUCGCAUUUCUGUUGCCUUGAUCGAUGCGAAUACAGGGGAUGUCAUUACAUCAGGCCUGGAAUCCUCCAUUAAGUUGGAUGUCGUCGUGCUUGAAGGUGACUUCAACAAAGAUGAUGAGGAUGACUGGGCUCAUGAAGAGUUCGAGAAAUUCGUGGUUAAAGAGCGUCAACAAAAGGGGCUGCUUUUGACGGGAGAUCUCCAAGUGACACUCAAGGGAGGUAUUGGGGAGCUGGGAGAACUGAUAUUUACUGACAAUUCUAGCUGGAAUAGGAGUAAAAGAUUUAGGAUAGGACUUAAGAAGGCAUCGGGUUAUUGUGGGAAUACGCGAAUCCGAGAAGCCAAAACAGAUGCCUUCCGUGUCAAGGAACAUAGAGGAGAAUCAUCCAAGAAACAUGACAUACCUGCAUUCGGCGAUGAGAUCUGGAGGUUGAAGAUGAUUGCCAAGGAUGGGAAAUAUCACCAAAAACUGAGUGAAGCCGGAAUACAUAAAGUGGGGGACUUUCUACUUCAAUUGUUUACGGACCCCAUGAAACUGAAGGAGAUUCUUGGAAUAAGCUCAAAUUCGACGAAGUGGGAUACCCUUGAAAAUCAUGCAAGGAGUUGCAAGAUAAAUUGGAAACUUUAUUUGUACUGUACUGAUGGCACGAGGAAGCAUGGUGCUGUAUUCAACACUGAUCGUCAGCUAAUUGGCCUAAUCAAAGAUAGAGUAUAUUGUGCUACUGAUCGACUUUCUGCCGAUGAUCUGGAACAUGGAGAUGCAAUCGUGAAAAAGGCCCUUGAUAACAAGAAUGAUGUUAUGGAGUUCAAUGGUGAGACCUUUUCUCCUUCAGUGCAAAAGAAGAGCUCGAGCUCCAUUCCAUGUCAAGUACUUGAAGAGCAAGUUGAAAAUCAAGGCCCCGUUCAAAGUAAUUUCGCUCCACGGAUCUGGGCUGCUCCAGGUGUUUCGGAAGCUCCUCUUGCAAAUGUGGGCUUGACUGCUGAAGAACAUGAUGGUGCAACUGCUUUGGCAUUGCCAGUACGGUUGCAAAAUACCAAUUCUGGAAAUGCCAUGAAGCUUUCGGUUGAUGAAAGUGUUCAUCUCGCUGCACGGAAGCCCAUAUCUACAGACUCCAUGAAUGUUCUAAUUCCUCAGGGAGAUAUCCAUUCUUCGAGGCAAAUGGACUAUAUGGUGAAUGAGAAUGGUCCCCCCUCUGAGCCACCCCUUGACCCAAUAUCAAGCUUCCAACAUAGCAGUACACUUCCUCAUCCUCAAGGCAAUCACGUGGUGGAAGGUUUCCAAUCAAUUGAUUCGGAUGAUAUUCUGGGGGACCGGUGUCCUGAUGACCUAGCAUCAUCUGACCUUCAGGUCUCAUCUAUAACACCUGUGAUACACAAAAGAAAGAAAAAAAACGGAAAGGUUGAAAAGUCAAUAAGAGGGGAAGAAGACCGAGAGUUUGCAGAAAGAGAAGGGAAGAGAGAAGAGAAUGACAGGGAAAGAAAUAAAAAGAAGAACAAGAAGGAGGAAGAAAGAAGAGGAGCAAUUGCCAUGGAUGUCUCAUCAAGCCGACUCAAUUGUGUUAUGCAAGGCUUAAUCUUUUGGUUAGCAGCCAAUAGAAUAAGAGUGUUAUCAAUGGAAACUUUUGGAAGUGGACUUCUUAUAAGGUUUGAGGAUACACUCUUCAAGGGAAGGCCGUAUCACCCCCAUCCUUAUAGCUUUCGGGUGUGACAUCAUCAUAUGAUGAUGGUUUUAUUAAAAAUACUAGCAAAGGUGUUAAUGCUUGGCUCAAGAUAAAGGCAGUGUUGCAGUGGGGUAUCUUCAUCAGGAAGAUGGUCACGAAGAGACAAGUUAGAAUGCUGUAGUUAGUCUAGGCUUGAUUUGAUUUGUUCUUAAUGUUGCAUUGGGUAAGAUGAUUCUCCAUUUACUAUCUAAUGGAAUUGAUGGGAUUCUUUAC